AUUCCGCAUUUGCCAGCAUCUCGAGCAGCAGCAUGUCCCUUGACUACGCCCAAGUCCAGAACGACCCGGUGCCCGUGGUCCGCGCCAGCCAUGAGCCCAACCUGGCCUUCGUCAUCCACCGCAACAAGAACAAGAACGUGGUCUCGUACGCGGCCAACCUGCUCGCCGACGGCUCGAUCAACGCGGCCGACCCGCUCAAGGUCGACUGGAUCAUGUUUGAGAACGCGGGCGUGCCCCGCGAGGGCCUCAACAUGGUCGAGCGCAACACGGCGUACGGCGUCAACGUGUCGCCCAUGGAGGGCAAGCCCGGCCACUACAAGGUCGUGCUCGCGUCGCUGCCGGACAAGGUCAUUGACUUCCACCUCGUCGAUGGCAAGCCCGUCGCGCUCAUGACGAUCAACGGCAAGGACGGCAGCCGCAUUGACCGCGUCUUUGUGACCUCGACGACCUCGUGGGGCAUGCCCAAGGUCCAGCACAUUGAGAUCUUUGGCACGGACCCCUCGGGCGCCGCGAUCGUCGAGAAGAAGAUCCCGUAAGCUAGCUAGCGCAUUCCUCUCUCCUUGAAUGCACCUUGUAAUAUCCUGUA